AUGAAAGAAAUAUUACAUGUUGAAUCAUCACAAUUAUUUGUACAGAAAAUUAGUGAUUGGUUAGAAAAUCUUGGAUUUAUGAGGAGUAAUACAAGAGAAUAUAAUGAAUCAAAACGACAAUUACUUGAAUUUAUUAUAAAAUAUUGUAAAAGGAUUAGAUGUUUUGAACCGGGUACACCUGAUAAUAAUAUUAUAUAUCAAUUAAUUGAAAAUAAUCAACAUAGUAUUAAUUAUCUUAAUAUUGAAGUAGACCUUCUCAAUGAUCAUGUUGAUUUAAGUUCAAGUGUAUUACAAAAUUUAGGACAGAUUCUUCCUUCUAAAUUAGAAUACUUACGUUUAAGACUUUGUAUUAAUACAAGUGAUCUGGAAAUAUUUUUAAAAAAUUCACAAAAUACUUUUAUUAAAAAAUUAGUAAUUAAUUAUAAGUUGUAUGAUAAAGGUGAAGAAGUUUUAUUUUAUAUAAAGAAAUAUAUUAUGAAGAAGGAAAGGGUUAAAUAUUUGGUUAUUAAUAAU